AUGAGUUUAGUGCACGUUAUCGACGUUGAAAGUGGAAAUUUGCAGUCUUUGACGAAUGCAUUGGAAUAUCUGGGGUAUGAGGUGCGUCUAAUCAAAGUUGCGAGCGACCCUGCAUUGAGUCAGGCAUCUAAAUUGAUUUUACCGGGAGUUGGUAACUUUGGCCAUUUUGUGGACAACCUUGUCUCGCGUGGGUUUGAAAAGCCUUUACGUGAUUAUGUGGCCUCCAAAAAGCCUCUGAUGGGUAUCUGCGUCGGUCUACAAGCUUUGUUUACAGGUUCGGCGGAGUCUCCAUCUAGUAAGGGUCUUGGCUUUAUUAACCAUGAGCUCACAAAAUUCAGUGAUGAAGAAAAGCCUGUGCCAGAGAUCGGCUGGAACACAUGCGAAUCAGAGGCGCCUCUAUUUGGACUUGACCCUUUAAAAAGAUACUAUUUCGUUCAUUCAUAUGCGGCUAUUCUAAAUGAAGACGUGAAGUCUAGAUUGGCCCUGGACGGUUGGAAGCUCGCAGUCGCAAAGUAUGGAUCCGAGGAGUUUGUUGCCGCGAUGAGUAAAGAUAAUGUGUUCGCAACGCAAUUCCAUCCGGAAAAGUCAGGAAUGGCCGGUCUUGACAUCAUUGACAAUUUUUUGAAAGACAAGCAUCCGGUUAUCAACCACUCAGCGGAAGAGAGCUCCUUACUCAGAAACGACUACUCCAAUUACGGGUUGACUAGAAGAAUAAUCGCCUGUCUAGAUGUUCGCACAAAUGAUCAAGGCGACCUUGUUGUCACCAAGGGGGAUCAAUACGACGUUCGGGAAAAGUCAGAGAAGGGAAAUGUCAGAAAUCUUGGUAAACCUGUUGAAUUGGCAGAAAAGUACUACAAGCAAGGUGCCGAUGAGGUCACAUUUCUGAACAUCACCAGCUUCAGAGACUGCCCACUCAGAGAUGCUCCUAUGGUUCAAGUUUUGAAGCUGGCGGCGAAGACAGUCUUUGUUCCACUUACCGUUGGUGGAGGUAUAAAAGAUGUCGUUGAUGUUGAUGGCACAUUUGUGCCAGCUCUGCAAGUUGCUUCUCUUUAUUUCAGAUCGGGGGCGGACAAAGUUUCUAUCGGAUCGGAUGCAGUAUACGCAGCGGAAAAAUUUUAUGGUCUUGGUGGACGAGGAGAUGGCAGCUCUCCGAUCGAAACUAUUUCCAAGGCUUACGGUGCUCAAGCAGUUGUGAUUUCCGUAGAUCCAAAGCGAGUUUACGUCGAUGGGCCAGACGCAACGAAGCACAAAACAUUUGAAACUAAGUUCCCAAGUAAAGAUGGCCAGAAAUGGUGUUGGUACCAGUGUACCGUCAGGGGAGGGAGAGAAUCUCGGGAUAUAGGUGUUUGGGAGCUCACAAAAGCCUGCGAAGCGCUAGGUGCAGGUGAAGUUUUACUGAACUGCAUUGACAAGGAUGGGUCCAACUCAGGCUACGACCUUGAACUCAUUAAUCACGUUAAAAGUGCGGUCAGAAUUCCAGUCAUAGCCUCGAGUGGCGCCGGAAACCCUAGACAUUUCGAGGAAGCUUUCGAACAAACUGGGGCUGACGCUUGCUUGGGGGCUGGAAUGUUCCACAGAAGUGAGUACACAGUAAAAGAUGUAAAGGACUACCUUUUGAGUAAGGGUUUGAAAGUUAGGAAGGACGACUUGUGA